AUGGAGCUCUGCGGCGGUGCUAGUCGCCCCACUACGAAACGUCAGGCUUCCGGCUGUGCCAACCUCAGUGCUCAACCUCACGAACCCCGCGGUCAACAUCCAACUCCAACCUCUCAGUAUCACCAAGGUUGGACGCGGCCAGGCUUCGCCAUCAUGUCUCAAUCCUUGCGACCCUACCUCCAGGCCGUCCGGAGCAGUCUGACGGCCGCCCUCACGCUCUCGAACUUCGCUUCCCAAACCGCCGAACGUCACAAUGUCCCCGAGAUUGAGGCCCAAACCUCCCCCGAGGUCCUCCUGACCCCCCUCACCAUCGCCCGCAACGAGAACGAACGCGUUCUGAUCGAGCCGAGUAUCAACUCCGUGCGGAUAUCCAUCAAGAUUAAGCAGGCCGACGAGAUCGAGCACAUUCUAGUCCACAAGUUCACCCGGUUCUUGACACAGAGAGCCGAGUCUUUCUUCAUUCUCAGGAGGAAGCCCAUCAAGGGAUACGAUAUUUCUUUCCUGAUUACGAACUUCCAUACCGAGGAGAUGUUGAAGCACAAGCUGGUCGACUUCAUCAUUCAAUUUAUGGAGGAGGUUGAUAAGGAGAUUUCGGAGAUGAAGCUCUUCCUCAACGCGAGAGCGAGAUUUGUUGCCGAAUCUUUCCUCACUCCCAUCGAGGUUUCGAGCAAGGAUCAUGAGUUGGAGUUAGAUGUUGGCUCGAGCGUAGCCGGAAUGCCGGGAUCCACAUUGGGUCCGACUUCGACAUCGGUCCGCAAAUCCGGGGCCGUAUGGGAAUGA